GCCGAGCCGCCCCUCUCUCCCGCCCCUCCUCCUCCUUUUCCCACCCCUCGGAGUGGAGCUGCACAUGCGGCUGCUCCCUGUUCUGUCCCGCCCAGCCACCGUCGCUCAGGAACGGGUCCCUGCAGCCCCCAGCCGAUGGCAGGACAGUAGCCGCCUGUCAGGGGUCGUAAAGGGCUGAGGCAGAGGCAGAGGCUCCCGGGCCUCAGAUAGUGGCUGUCUCUGGAGGCCAUGGGCUACCCCGAGGUAGAGCGCAGGGAACCCCUGCCUGCAGCAGCGCCAAGGGAGCGGGGCAGCCAGGGCUGCGGCUGUCGCGGGGCCCCUGCUCGGGCGGGCGAAGGGAACAGCUGCCGGCUCUUCCUGGGUUUCUUUGGCCUCUCGCUGGCCCUCCACCUGCUGACGCUGUGCUGCUACCUAGAGUUGCGAUCCGAAUUGCGGCGGGAACGGGGCACCGAGUCCCGCCUCAGCGGCCCGGGUGCUCCUGGCACCUCUGGCACCCUAAGCAGCCCUGGUAACCUCGACCCUGUGGGUCCCAUCACCCGCCACCUCGGGCAGCCGUCCUUUCAACAGCAGCCUUUGGAACCAGGAGAAGAUCCACUCCCCCCUGACUCCCAGGACCGGCACCAGAUGGCUCUCCUGAAUUUCUUCUUUCCUGAUGAAAAGGCAUAUUCUGAAGAGGAAAGUAGGCGUGUCCGUCGCAAUAAAAGAAGCAAAAGUGGUGAAGGAGCAGAUGGUCCUGUUAAAAACAAGAAAAAGGGAAAGAAAGCAGGGCCCCCUGGGCCCAAUGGCCCCCCAGGACCUCCAGGACCUCCAGGACCCCAGGGACCCCCAGGGAUUCCAGGAAUUCCUGGGAUUCCAGGAACAACUGUUAUGGGACCACCUGGCCCUCCUGGCCCUCCUGGUCCUCAAGGACCCCCUGGCCUCCAAGGACCUUCUGGUGCUGCUGAUAAAACUGGAACUCGAGAAAACCAGCCAGCUGUGGUGCAUCUGCAGGGCCAAGGGUCAGCAAUUCAAGUCAAGAAUGAUCUUUCAGGUGGAGUACUCAAUGACUGGUCUCGCAUCACCAUGAACCCCAAGGUGUUUAAGCUACAUCCCCGCAGCGGGGAGCUGGAGGUACUGGUGGACGGCACCUACUUCAUCUAUAGUCAGGUAGAAGUGUACUACAUCAACUUCACGGACUUUGCCAGCUACGAGGUGGUGGUGGAUGAGAAGCCCUUCCUGCAGUGUACCCGCAGCAUUGAGACCGGGAAGACCAACUACAACACCUGCUACACUGCAGGCGUGUGCCUCCUCAAGGCCAGGCAGAAAAUCGCCGUGAAGAUGGUGCACGCCGACAUCUCCAUCAAUAUGAGCAAGCACACCACCUUCUUCGGGGCCAUCAGGCUGGGCGAAGCCCCUGCAUCCUAGAUCCUCCCAUUCCAUCCUGGCCCAUGCCCUGGCCCCAGGUCUGGGAGCCAGGACUCCCAGACCUUUCCGUGCUGCUGUGGAGUGAGGUAUAUUGGCAUUGCAGCCACAGAGAGAAAUGCCCCAGUACUAUUUAUUCCCCAGUGACUCCAGGAUGACAAGGCCUACGUGACUGCCCCGAAUGGCCUUGGGUUGCCAGCACGGUUGAUGAAGCCCCGGGGUUUUCGAGAAGCAGAACCCUCUUAGGCGACCUGCUGACUGGCGUAUGGUGACUCCUCAACCCCUAGGUCCCUCUUCAGAUUUACCAUUUGUUGCACUAAACCGAGGAUCCAAGACCGUAGGCCACAAAAAGCAAAGAUGCACUCCAGAUUCUAGGGGUGAUCAUCUGACUCCAAGGGGGCUCUGCUUCUCUCUGGGCUGGGGGUGGCACUAGGUUACAACUUAAGGAGAGGGUCAAGUCAGAAGAAGGCAAGUGCUUGUGGCAGAGACCCAGGCAAUAACCUGCCAAGCAAGCAUCCUUGGCUCUAGAGGAGGCGUUCUUGCUGUAUUGCACUAUGCCCUACAAGAGGCUCAAAAAUCUCCUCCUACUCAGGCUAAGAGGUACACUGUGGCAGCCUGCUCGACUCCAGAGCUGGGAACUUUGCUCUGCCUUGGAAUCAUUGCGGGCAUGGCCACAACCCUGCCUACGUAAGAACCCGAAUCUAUACUUGGGCCAUGCAUGUCUCACCUUGUUUACAGCCAGGCUCCACUCUCCGAAAACUACCUGGAGUCUUCCCACCUGUCACCCUCCCCAGACUGACUAGAAAGCUUUCUGUCUUCUUCCUCCACAGUGCCUACCUCUGUCUGAGACAGGUGCCUCAUGUGGGACUCGUGCUCACAUGAGUCUGGUGUAUUCUUUAAAUUACCUGGGCACAAAGAAUUUUCCAUUGAUUCAGAAAUACACUUAUCAUCCAUCUAAUUCUAAGAAAAUUGUGUCUGGGAACAGAUGGUAAAACUGGAUAGCCUCCAAAAGCCCCUUGGAGUUUGGAUAUCAGUGGCUCUCAACAGUCACCUGCCACAGUAGACUUCAGAGUUCCCAAACCCCGGACUCUCUUAAACAUUAGCAAAGCAGGGCUUUUCUGCCUUACCUAGAAAGGGAGAGAAGUAGGAAUUGAAAACAGGGAGUUUUGUCCGUGUUUGCUGCAACCCAAGUGAUCAUUCGGUCAACCCACAUGAUCGUUAAGUCAACUCAAGUGAUCAUUAGGUCAGGUCUUAUCGGAAAGAACAGCAGCUGAUGCCCACUCACACAGUCUUUCUUUAGAAACAGAUUACUGUCACCGUAGAGGUCUGAACUUCUCUCCGAGAGCCAGACUCAGGGCAAACCAACUGUCUGGCUAUUGGGCAGGGCUCUGACCCCUCGUUCAGAUCCAAAGGCACCUCCACCAAUUUUCCUGCAUGGUCAUAUGGUAGGAUUAUUCACCAACUUUCUUUCCAAUUGCCUGGCUUCAGGGCGCCAGGUGCAGCCCAAAGCAGGGAGGCUCAACCUUGAACAGCCUGCUCCUCUUGCUCCUGAAAUGUAUUUCCUUUUGAAGAGAUGGAGAAUACAUCCCUGAAAUUCAUCAAGAACAACAGGUUUCCCAGCUGCACCUCCAUUUCCAAGUAGCCAUAUUGCUUGGUCCUUCAAGGGUCAGGGAAAGAGGUAAUAGGCCAAGCCUCCUUUGCCUAAUGCUAAUGGCAGCCUUAUACCAGAACUGAGGUAAACUUUAGACAUGCAUCUGAUCCGGAAGGCCUUGAACAAUCAAGCAGCAGUGCUAGCAGGAACCAACAGCCCCUCUCCUCAGUAUUGGAAACUUACUUCCUCUUUUUGCUGUUUCCUUUGAAGAAGGCAGGGUAGAGAAUAUCACAGUUACAUCGCAUGGGGAAGGCUGGAGAGGGAAGUGUUUUGACUAAGAUCUCACCCAGCCUAAAUCACAGACCUGAGCCUUUAGUGAGGUCUGACUCCGAAGCUAGUCCCUUACCACAGCACUGUGGAAAGUAUGGAGUCCAGGAGGAACAAAGAAAGGUGGUCGUAUGGAACUGACAUCAUUGGGGAGUCCUAGGGAGAAACCUAGCAAUGCCCAGUGUUUAUUACUGAAUAGUGCUGCCCAUUCCCUUGGCUUCCAGGGGCUCUGUGGAAGAAGACUUGGGCAUUUUCCUGGGAAACAGCCCCAGUGAUCAACCCUAAGAGUUCUUGACUUGAGAAGAAUCUUCCAUUCGGGCUCUGGGUCCCACAGCACAGGUAGCCUUCAGGACCUUUCACCCAUCUGAUAAAAGCAGCAGCCAUCACAUGAGGAACUGCCGUGUGAGGCAAGGACUUCCAUUCCUAACCCUAGACACAAAUUCUGGGAGCCAGUCUGCUUCCUGUAGUUAAGUGUGACCCCGUCUCUCCUUCUGCCGUAUUACAAAGACCUUGAUGUUGCCGGAGUCUGUCAAGAAUGGGGGGGAAACCCGAGAGGAGCAUUCUAGAGCCAGAUGGCUGUGAGGAAAUGAGUUUCCUAAGUGUGCCCCUGCAAGACAUGCCAACCCCAUCGCACUGUGCAUGGAGAUCAUAGGAGAAUUCGGCUCCUCACUACCUUUUAUUCGUUCUAAACCCUCACAAGGAGCCCUGGAGGAAGAGGGCUGGGGGAAGGAAAUAGUCGAGUGGGAAGGCCUGUCAUGCUGUGGUCAUUGGCAAGGUGGUGAAGCAUUGACUGAUAGCAUAGGGAUAUAGAUUUACAGUUUGGAAUUGUUAUGAUGGGAAGUUACCCCAAGGUUAGCGUAGAGAAUGGGACAUGUUUGGGUAAGCAGAUGACAGGUUUGAAGGAAAACUGCAUGGCAGGAGCCCCUCCCAGCUGCUUGAGCUUCAGAAGCCAAGCUGGUACAAAAUGCAGCUGCUGGAUGUUGUUUGGCUACUGGUUCCCUGGAAGAGGUAGCAUUUGCCUUAGCUGCCCCUCUUAGAUGCCCCUCAUCCCGAGCCAAAUCUCUGUAACUUAGGAAGCAAGAGCUAAGGACCUAGAGGUCAGCAAGGACUUUGAUCCUCAUGUGAGUGCUUGCGUUCUAUGCAUCUUCUAGUAGAUGCAAACAGAUGUGGAGAAAUUUUGACCCAGAAGGGCUCUUCUUAGAGGGAAUGCAGCCCAAGCUACAUCCCAUCCUGUUACUCAUGUGAAUCUGAUGCUCAGACAGGGAAAGUGGCCUGCCUAGGACAGUGAGCAUGGCCCUCUCCCCAGACUCAGCAGUGGAAAGAACAGAGCAGCCUGUCCCAUGGAACCUCCUCAUUCACACACCCACAGACUCUAGGCUAGAAGUGCUUAUCUCCCUCAGGAGCCUGGCCAGGCAGCAAAUGCAGCUGCAGUCUUCAUCAGAACUCGCCUCCUCACACAUACUCCCCCAAGGGGUUUGUGCAGCUCCUGCCUCUGGGCAGUUUUGAGGCCUCCUAGUGUUGCCUGAGGUCCCACCCUUACCUGGGGUCUCCCUAGACCAUGUGCACUACAGAACCUGGUUUGUUUUCUUAAUCCAUUUCAGGGCUCUUUCCAGGAGGGGCUGAGGUGGGUUUCUUUAUUCAAAAAGCUUCCGGCUGAGAUGGGGGUGAGGGGAUUUGUUGUGAGAAUGGCCUGGAGCAGGCCAAUGCUGCUUUGGGGGGUCAGCAUCCUGUGUGAGAUACUGUGUAUAUAAACUAUAUAUAAUGUAUAUAAACAGGGAUGUAAGUUUGUGUAAAUUAACGGUUUAUUCUUUGCAAAUAAAGUGCUCCCCUCC